AUGUUGAAACUAUUAGAAAAUCUUGAUUAAUUUGGGGUUACCUUUCAACCUAGCAUUAAAUUUUAGAAAAGUUAACACAAAACUGUAAUCGGAGGAAUCAUGUCUAUUGUUUUAUAUGGUUUAAGUUUGGGAUAUUUGAUUUAUAUGCUUGCUUAAUGGAGUUAAGGAUAGACUCUACCAAAAAUUACAAAUACUUAAAGAAGCAUUAAAAAUUAUGAAUAUUCAAUCAAUGAAACUUAUGUGUAAUUUGAAACAAGAAAACUUUCAUAAACAAUAAUUGAUCCAUUUGAUCCUAAUGCUAUAGUUUUAUAACCUGUUAUUUAUAUGUUUAAGAAUGGUGUAAUUAUAGAUUAGCCUUAGCCAGUUAAUUUUCCAGUAUAAAGAAAAGAUGGAUUCAUAGUUUUAAAUAUAUCAAAUUUAUCUCUUUCAAUAAGUGAAGAAAAAUCAGAAGUACAACCAGAGAUUGAAUUGAUGAUUGCAUUAGGAAAGUGUUAAAAACGUUUUUUAUCAGAUGGAUAACAAUGUGCAAAUCAAUCUAUUAUAGAUGGAUAUUUUUCAUAACCAACAAAUUCUCUACUUCUUCGUUAAUUUGUUAAAGAGUUUAACACAAAUGAGGAGAGUUUAGAAACUAUAGGAAGAGAAUAAUUAAUUUCUAUCUAAUAAAAUUACACAUUUUAAAUUUAAACAUUUAUUAGAAUGUAAUAAGCAAAGAUUGAUACAGGGGCUUUGUUUGAAUAAAUCUAACAACAUAAUUUUAUUGUUGAUUAUAGAGGAAGCAAUGCAAUUUUAGAUUUAAAUUAUUUUGGAUAGAUUUUAGGUUAUAGUUUAUAUGUUUCUUUGUAUUACAAAAUAGAUAAUAUAUAAUAGAAGUAAAUCAUCAUAUAUCCAAAGUUAAGUGAAAUUUUAGCAGAAGCAGGAUCUAUAGCAUCUACAUUACUUAUUCUAUCAUAUUUGGUUAUAAUGUUAAAUGAAAGUCAAUUGCAAUAAGAAGCAGUUAAUUAAGUUAUAUCUAUGUAUUUUCCUGAUUUUACAUAGAUUAAAAUAAAAAAAAAUAUUAUUGGUUAGAUUGUUUAGGUUGAAAGAGAGGGUAAGUUAUUAGAUUUAAAUGCAUUUAAAAUAUAGUAUGAGAAAUUAAGACGGAUUAGUUAAAUUAAAUUAUCAAUUUGUAAUCAAAUUUAUGAAUUGUCAAGAAUUUAAAUUAUUUUAUAAACUAUUUUUCCAUAAUAAUUUAUGAAUCAAUCACAUUUAUAGGGUUUUCCACUUAAAACUUAAUAUAUUGAAUCUUGUAAAGAAGAUCAAUAAUCAAGUAUAAUAAAGUUAGAUAUGAAUAUAAAUUAGGAUAAUCUUCUUAAAUAAAAUUAAAUUGUAUUUAAAAUUAAUUAUAAAAAGAUACCUGCAUCAAUAGACAGUAUGAUUGAAUAAAAAAUCGAAUAGGAAUUCUCUUAGAUGACACAAUAGCCACAUAAAUUAAAUGAUUUUAAAGGUGAAUUAAAUUAGAAAGAUAAAAUAAAGAAAUCAUAUGAUAUUAUAUUUUAAGAAUCUGAUUUUGAAUUAUUGAUUCUUGAAAAAAGAGAUUAAAAUGAUUAAGAUAAAAUAAUUAAAUGA